AUGAAAACUCAACGACCAACCACGAUGUUCCCUACACACUCCUUCUCCUCAAAGAUUUCUAAGGCUGAUAUUCAAGUAGCAUCUUACCCAGGCCCAAAUUGCUUAAUCCAAUCGAUAGCCUAUCAACUGCUUUAA